AUGCUGUCGCGGUCAUCGGUGCUCGUUCCCCUCUGCCGCUACUGCCUGCGGCGGGCAUAUUCUACGGCUCUCGAGAGCCAUGCGGGCGCUGCAUCAUCGUCGUCAUGGCCGCGACAGAGUUUGGAGCCUGGCGUGAAGCCUUACAGCAAGAAGACACUGGAUGCUGACAGCAGACCGCUCAUGGCCAAGGGGAUGGACAACAUGAUAUACGUGAAGGUGCCGGAGGGCAUUGAUGGGACACCACAGGCGUUCGCGAUUUUACGUGCUAUCGAGCGGAAGUAUGGCCCGUAUAGAGACUAUCAGUUCUACCGCAACUACGACUCCACGGAGAUCUACUUGAACUAUCUGUAUGUGAGCUUUAUCAGCCCGACAGUGAUCGAGCGUAUAGAUCCCAAAGGGGAGACCCUCGAGGUACCACUCCCCAAGUAUAGUCGCAACACCGCAGGCGGCGCCGGUUUGGAAGAUAUUCUACCCAUGCUACUCCGCGAUAGCCAUAAUAAACCCGAUAUGUUCUCCAACCAGACCACCGUAGUUCAAGUCAAGCCCGCCGGCGUCAAAGAAGGGGCCCGUCGACUUACACUAGCCUCGGAAGAUACGGGUCUCCGGUCACGCGCGUUCAAGAUCGCGGUCGGACACGGCUUCAGCGAAUGGUGUGGGUUUUUCUCGGGCGCACCCGGUCCUCGUAUGACCGAUGCCGUCGAGAAAUGGCGGACUAUACUGGAAGGGAAGGUUGUCCCUCGAGUAGCUCAGGGUGGCUCCCAACAAACGGAGCCGGCUCUAGCUGAAUCCGCUGAGACCGUGACCGCUCAGGAUAGUCAGGAGCCUACGUAUUUGGAGGAAAUGCCGCACGUUCCAACGCGAAGGCCCUCGCUCGCCCAGCUUGUGUCUGCGAGUCAACAAGCGCAACAGGUUCAGCAAAAGGAGCAGCAGCGACAGACUGAGGUCUCCGCUCCCCAGUCGUCCUCAUCCCACACGCCAUCCCCUUCGCCCACCGUCAGACCUGAGCCCCCUGUGAAGUCGGACUUGAGCCCGAAGCAGAAGAAGAUACUACAGCGUGCAGCGAAACUUAGUGCGAAAGCGAAGAUGCCUAAGAAGGAGAAGGAACCUGAGAAGGAGAAGGUGGAGGAAAAACAGCCUGAGGACCCGAAAGGGGAGAGUAGUACAGUGUCGAAACUGUUUGGUUUCCUCGGUGGGUCAGGUAGGCGAUGGCUGUAGGCUGGCUAGAUUCUGCCUCUGGUUAUAAGGAAUUGAUAUCCCGGCGCUGCUCCCCUAGUACUCUCUUGCGAGGUCGUAUCGCUCCAGCGUGCUAUAGUCUAUCUAACGUAUGACCUAAUCGUGAUGCAUCUCCGCAAAGCCUCCGGCAUCGCGACUUGGACAUUCUCUCAAUGCUAUAGCACCGUGACCAUGGUUUCAGUAGACCAUAAGAUAUGCC